AUGAAUCAUCUCGACGAGGAGGAGGAGGAGGAGGAUUGGGCCCGCAACCGCUCCAAGUUUUCGAAGCUUGACAACCGAUACAGCCUGCGCAGAAAGAUGCCGAGGGCACCGCAGCAGGAGAACUCCUCCAGCGAGAACUCUUCGGUGCAGGGAGAGUUUGUCUUCCCCAGCAGAGAGGUGGAUGAGUUCCAGCUGAAGCGAGAAGCGUUCCUUGCAGACGCUGGGAGCAUUCGACCUUCAGUGAGAAUGAGGAGCAAAAUACGGGAAAGCAUCCGUCAGAGCAAGAUGAAGCCGCCGAGGCACGUGGUCGAGGAGGCUGUUGCGACUCUCAUGAUGACUCACACGAAGGAGCAGCGUCAGAUCCGAGAGCUGACGGCGAUGCUGAAGAGCAGGCAGACGCUGCUGGCGGUCCUUGCCGUCCUCUCUCUCUUCCUGGGAGUGAUGAUCAACGAGCUCUGUGUCUCAGGAGACUACAUCGACCGUUCUCUGACCGCAGAGGAGGAGAAGUACAUGGAGUCCCUCAGCAAGAAUCCCCGCAAGUGCAACAAACCAAUCGCCGACUUCCUCAAGCUGGUCCAGAGUCUGAUGACAGCCGUCAUCAUGGGCCUUGUCAUCGUGCAGUACAAGUUGACAACCCAGCUGGAGUCGUCCAAGGAGUCCCUGCUGAUGAAGGAUCGAAAACAGCUGGCAGAGGGAGGGAAGGGAAUGCCCAAGGCAUUCAGCCUCAGCAUCGGGUCGAGGCUGGGGCUCUACCUCGAGCUCCUCAUCAAUGCCGUCCACACCGUGCCCUUCCUCAACUACGACUGUCCUCUCGAGAUGUCCGGGACGACCGUCUACUACAGGCUAGAGUCUAUCCUAUGCGCUCUGAUGCUGCUGAGGCUGUACCAUGCCUGGCGAUGGGUCCAUAUGAAAGUUCAAUUCCGCUACUUCAACCUGGAGGAAUCGUACAUGCUCAGGGAUCAGCAGACGAUCAAGAUGGUUCAACAGAGUCUCCUCUCAUUCCGGCUGCUGGCGGUGAAGGUUGCGAUCAAACGCCAUCCCAUCUCUAUCAUCUCCUUCCUCACCGUCUGCGUCAUCCUCACCAUCACCUACUUCAUCCGGAUCGCCGAGGGCCCCGCGUACCAGGAGCACAGCACGUACCUCUGGGAUCAGAUGUGGGUCGUGUACGUGACUCUUACUACGGUUGGUUACGGUGACGUCGUCCCCGUCACUCACUUCGGCAGGUUCGCCUCAUGCGCCGCCAUGUCCGUGGGCCCGAUCAUCGUCGCGUUCAUCACGGCGAGCAUAACGCAGACGCUGCAACUGAGCGAGGACGAGCAGUUCCUGCUCAACAAGAUGGACCUGAACCACCUCCGAUGCCGCGUCCUUGAGUCGGCGGCCCGGAUCAUCCAGCUGUGGUGGAGGAGGAAGCGCUUCGUGGCCUUCGGGUGUGUCGAGGAGAGGAGGAUCAGCAUGUCGUACCUGAGGAGGAGGAGGAGCUCGGUGUACAGCAGGACGAACAAGGGGCUCGCGAGCUUCGAGGAGGAGAAGGAUCGGCUCUACCGCACCUUCUACCUCGACAUAGAAGCUCUGCGCAGGUUCCAUCAGAGUAAUCUUUCUCUUGCCGAGCAGCACAGGCAGUCUGCUGCCAUCGCCUCCCCGCCGAGGCCUGCGAGCCCCCAGCACGGUUCUCCCAUCGACCGACACAAGUUGCCAACACGGCAGGGACAAGUCGGGGGGAACGAGGCCGGCAACCCGGUGGCAUUGAUAGACGAGGGCCUCUUGCUCCAGAUGCAGGCGAGCUUGUCGCAGGUGCUGCAGGUCGUGCACAAGCUGGAGGAGAAGGUGGACAUGCUGCAGACAUCGGUGGAUGAGAUAAAGGAGAGGAGGAGACACUCGCAUGGAGCUGCUCGACAUCAUCAGUCGCCAACGAUGAGGAACCACGAUUGA